GUGUGUAUUUAGAUUUGUCUCGAGCAGCGCUGUGAACGGACACUCAGUCGAGGUUCCGAUGAUCGGGGAGUCACAGCGCCUACAUUAAAUCCGGAGCUGCCGAGUCACGUUUUAAGCCGAGGAAGCGAACUCAGACACAAUGACACAGUUUUUGCCACCGAAUCUUCUCGCGCUUUUCAAAGCGAGAGAUCCUAUACCUUUUUUGCAUCCCAUCGGCAAGCUCCCUCAUGAGAAACAGCAAGAGACCUACAUCGGCGUCGGGACCUUCAUAAGAUACUUCGAGGAUCCGUCGGAAACGCCGCCUGCUAUGAGAGUAGAGACUCGGGAAGAACGGAGGGAACGACGUAAGAAAGAGAAAGCCGAAGAGACAGCCUAUCAGCUGGAACAAGCGAUCGCUCUCUGGGACCCAAACAAUAACCCCAAAGCAACGGCAGACCCUUUUAAGACCUUGUUCAUUGCUCGCAUCAAUUACGAGACCUCUGAAGGGAAAUUGCGUCGAGAAUUCGAGCAAUACGGCGCAAUCAAGCAGGUCUCCUUGAUACACUCCUCCAUAAGCAACAAACCGAGAGGUUACGCUUUCAUUGAGUACGCACAUGAGCGAGACAUGCACGCUGCCUACAAACACGCCGACGGUAAGAAGAUUGAUUCGCGACGAGUCCUCGUUGAUGUUGAAAGGGGUCGGACCGUGAAGGGGUGGCUACCAAGAAGACUAGGGGGUGGUCUGGGUGGAACGAGAAGAGGGGGACCCGACGUAAAUGUAAGGCAUUCCGGUCGCGAAGAUAACAACAGAGAAGAACGCGCGGAGCGUGGAGAAAGAGGUGAACGCGCCAACGGCGACAGAGAUCGUGAGCGCGAUCGUGAUAGGGAUCGUCGGCGCUCAAGAAGUCGCGACCGAAGAGAUCGCCGUGGCGGGGGCGAGAGACCCGACAGGGUUGAUCGCGACGACAGAAGACGCGACAGGAGAGAUCGAAGAGAAAGGAGUCGCGACAGAGAAGAUAGAGACAGAAAGAGGAGGAAGAGCCGUAGCAGGUCCCGGGAUGAUCGGAGGAAGGCUAAAAGGUUUGUUCUCCUUUGGCUUUUAACGAGAGGAUCCCAAGCAGAUGGAGCGUCCCAUGGGGAGCCAGAUCAUGUCCGGAUGCUCAGCUUAAGUACAUUUCGCUCGAAUUUUCACAGGUUUGAGGAUGAUGGCAGGUUUGCUAGAGGUCCCGUAGACGAUCGAGGUGAGAGGCUCGACGACGAUAACAGAAUGCCGUUCCCUGGGAUGGGUGACAAUAGAGGAAUGGGCGACGGUAGAGGAAUGGGCGAAGACCCCGAUUAUCGAAGUUCGUACGUUGGCGAUAAUGGUGAAGUGUUUCAUAUUAAGCAGGAACACGAAAUUAAACAUGAGGUCGACUAUUGAAUGACAGGAAUCUGUCAUUCCGUAUAGCUGUCGACCAGAGUCGGAUUCGGAAUGAAGUGAUCAUAAAUAAAAGAGUAUCCCA